AGGAAAAGUUCAGAAUUUUCCCAAUUUCAGAAUUUUCCCAAAUUUAUAUCUUGCUUGCAUUCUCUAGUUUACCCCAGAUUUUUUUAGACAGAAUUUUUACCAGAUUUUGGUUUUGGCAUAAAAUUUUCCCCGAAAUUCUGAAAGUGCACUUCGGUAUAAACGUUAAUAAUUAAUAUGGUUCACUAUGGUUCAGUUCAGUAGAAUCAUCACCGACACACACUGCCAUAGCAUAAUCGUUGCCAAACGCAACAACUGAGAAUGGUUUUCUUAACCUGGGUUCGCCCCACUACCCAAGACCAAAAGAAUUGCCUAAACAAGUCGGGUACUUUCAAUUAUGACGAUAAAUAUAAAGGAGUUACUGCUAAGUCCUUGUCUUCCCUUAAAGAGGAUAAAGGGUUCUCCAAAGAUGGUUUUUUACUCAAUAAUGCACGAGUUUUGGUCGGUACUGGUAUUGAUACUUUUGAAAAGGGUAAGAGUGCUCUCCAAAGUUGGAGGCAUUUUGGAUUGAAUUGGGCCUUUGUUGAUCCAAAAACACCAGUUCGACAAGGAGCAAAGUUUUGUGUUUGUGUCAAGGAGUUCCUUCCAUGGCUUAUGAUGCCACUUCAGGUUGUGUAUGUAAAUGAAACUAAAACUGCCAAAAACCGUGUUACUUCCUUUGGUUUUGGAGGUGGAACUCUUCAGGGUCACUUACUGGCAGGAGAAGAACGCUUUUCAAUUGAGAUUGAUGAGAACAAUCAAGUUUGGUAUGAAAUACUUUCUUUUUCAAAGCCUGCCCACAUUUUAUCAUUUGUUGGGUACCCUUAUGUGAUGCUUAGGCAAAAAUACUUUGCUCAAGAAUCUGCCAAGGUAAUGAUGAAACAUAUCAGUUCAUCAAAAUCCUAAUGUAAAUAUAUUACAUUAUUUGCAAUCACAGGAGAUUUGAAAAUCUCUAAUUUUCCUUUGGUCCCUCAUUUUAAAUGAACAUUCUGCUUCCUUUUCCCUUUUGUAAAUUUUUUCUCCAAACUGUUCCAUCAUUAAACUGUGUUUCUAUGCUGUUUUGAUA